AUGGACGUCGACCAGCAAAGUUCCUCUCCGGCUUUGAGUUCGGCACCACCCACCCCCGAAAACCCGCAAUUCACGCCGCCGCCGUUACUCGGCCCGCCACCCAACGCGUCGCAUCAUCCCCAUGAAGCUUUUGGGAUGAACUCGCAAUUCCAAAAUAAUCACGAUGUUGCCACUGCCAAGACCUCCGCUACGUCAACCUCCAAUACCGCUGCAUCCGCAUUGACAACCGUUACUGCACCGGCUAAACGAACCAGAAAAAAGCGAGAGGCCGCUGCACCCGCCGAUGAAAAAGAAAAGAGCAAGGAGAAGAAACCGCGCAAACCCCGUGCAACCAAACAAUCCGUCGCAAAAGAAUUAUCACGAACGCAACAGCCUGCAGCUACAGCUGCAGCUCCACCGGCCACCAUCCCUUCAUGGACCGAACGCAAACCGCGACCACCGCUCAUGUUCCCACAGAUGCCACGGAGUCCAUCACCCGUCCAUGAUCCCGUGAUCAUGCAUCAGUCACCGCCGAAUCCGCACCCCUCCGCUUCCUCCAUGCCGUCGCCUCCGAUGCAAUCCCGAGGAGAGCCGCAUCAAAACGUGUACACCAAUCCGAACCUCAGUCACAUUGCCGCUCCAUCCACCCCUCGACCGGCAUCGCGAGGUCAAAUCUUCGACCCGAUCCGUGGUGCCGCUCGUGAGAAUACCGCGUCCCAGAACGCUCCGGUUUCUCCAUCGCAUCCACAUGUGAAUCGAGCGAGCGCAUCACCUUCGAUCACUUCGCUGAUCGAUCCCCCCGUUGCUCCAGCUCCGCAUGCAUCGCGCAUCGGUUCGACGUCUGCGCCGUCCGUUCCCGUGUCACCGCACGCAUCGAUAAGCCGGCCGGCACCGAUCCAAAGCAAUGGAUCGACCAUCAACCAACCACUUGUCCCGCCGCCUCCCACCGCUCUCCUCGGCACCGUCCCUCCCCCAUCCAACUUCCCGACAGAAAUGGAAGUUGACCAACCUUCAAGCCGCCCCGCAACCACAGCACCACCCAGCAAGUCCGCAACCCCCUCGAACGCUCCCACCCCACCCACGAAACCUGCACGCGCCAAAGAAGCGCCCCCGCCCCUUCCUGGCUCCGGCCUCCUUCCUUCCAUCGGUGGCCCAUCCUCCACCAACGGCACCAGCACCAACGGCAAAUUCGGCGCCAACAUCUGGCUCACCUUCCCGCUCAAGGGCCGCACCAACGUAACCAUCAACUAUGCACGCGAGGUCGAGCAAAAAUACGGCUUCGCCGCCCUGCAUCCCCGCUUAGCCGCGCGCAACGAGCGGAAGCGCCUGAUCGCCGCGGCCGGUGCGGAUCUGGAGCGAGAGAUCAACGCGAAGAAGCCGAAAGGCAGCGGCGACGACAUGAGCGUAGAUUUGUCCGACGAGGAGGCGGUGUCGGUUGACGAAGCAGAGAAUGAGAUGAGCGGCCUCGAAGGGCAGGCGGCGAAGAAAUCGAAAGGAAGCGAGCCGCAUCCGAUGAUCAAGGAGAUGGGGCUCGAUCCGGAGCUGUAUUACGUCGGGAAAGACGGGCGGCUGAUCCGUCGACGGAAGCGGAAGACGGAGGACUACGAUCGUAACGACGACUUCAUCGACGACACCGAGAUGGCGUGGCAGGAGCAGGCGCUCAUGGCGAAAGACGGCUUCUUCGUCUACUCCGGCCCACUCGUCGUCGAGGGGGAUAAACAAGUCGAGCGCGCCGACGGCUCCACUUCAAAACCCCCCUCUACCCGCGGUCGCGGCCGCGGCCGCCGCUCGGCCACCCACACCCAUGGCGUCACACACGCGGACCUCGCCGCCGCACACGCGCAAAUCGCGCCAGCGCCGGGCGCCGCCCGCUCAGGCAGCGUGCCCGCGCACUCGCUCCCGAUCAACGCACCGCCGGCCAAUCCGCACGGCACGGUGGCGCUGCGAGCCGACGGGCUGCCGACGUCCGGGCCGGGGAGCCGUGGUGGGCGGGGCAGUCGCGCGCGGGGAGGGACGACGGUGAGGAAGCCGCGCGUGACGAAGGCGGAGAGGGCGAGGAUGGAUGAGGAGAAGAGGGAGAGGGAGAGGGUAGGGGCGGGUUUGAGGGGCGGACAUCAUGGGGUGGGGAAUCAUGGGGGAGUGGGGUUGGGGCAGGGGGAAAUGGGAGGGGGAGGGGCGGGGAAGACGGCGGUGCCGGUGUUGGGGGUGCCGACGGGGUUGACGAUGCAGGCGGCGUAUCCGGGGCCGGGGCAUUGA